AAGGUGCAUCCAGCAAAGUCGCUGUGAAAAAGAGAAACCAACAAUCAUGCCGGAACAGAGUUUGCUGGUUGAUGAAGUCAAUGAUCUCGGAUGGCAUCUGAUACGACUCCAAGAGCUCAAGCGACUCCAAGAGCUCAAGCGACUCCAGGAGCUUGAAAACCAAAACGAGGACGAGAAGGUGGCUGCCUGGAGGCACAAAGUCGAAGAAUUUUGUCGUAAGAUUGGUGAUAUUGAAGAUAAUGCAUCACGGCUUUUCUGGAGAUGCAACCGGCGGAAAGGAGGCUGUGGGAUCGUAAAAAGUUUAUUCACUUUGUUGUUGUGUCACUUCCAACUUCCUCACCUCCAGUUGAGUAUAAAUGAAGUUCGAGAAGAGAUGGAGGAAUUGGAGAAAGAAAUGGAAGAAUCAAAAAAAUGGGUUCCGUCGCCGACAGCCAGACGUGAAGAAAAAGGAGCAGUGAAUGAAGUUGUAGUUGGAAGGGAAGCAGAUAUUAGGAUUCUGAUGGAAUUUCUGGAGAAGGACACUGCAGAGUACCCCUUGUUCGCUGUGUGCGGGGAGGGAGGUUUGGGCAAAACUACACUGGUGCUGAAGGUAUUCAACACGCCUGAUGUCCGACAUAAAUUUAUGGGGUGUGCUUGGGUCACUGCACCCCACCAGGUCCAAGCCAAAACCCUUUGGCAGGAUAUCAUGUCACAGAUUGAGCCCGGGAGAAAGGAUGAAAUGAUGAAAUUAAGUGAUAGUGCUUUGGCGCAGAGCCUUCACUCAUCCUUGCAGUCUGGGAGAUACCUCAUUAUUCUUGAUGAUGUCCGCUCAACGGAGGCUUCCCUAAUUGCUCUGCCCACUGUUGGAAUUCGCAGCAGAGUUGUGAUUACCACUCGGGAAACAUAUCAAGCUGAGAAGAUUUUAGGGAGGGAAGGACAUAUUCUAAAAAUGGAACCAUUAAGUGAAGCUCAAAGUUGGGAGCUGUUUCUCCAAAAGCAAUUGCCUAGCCACAGAUCAGAAUUUGAAGAGAACCAGAAGUUGAAAGAUAUAUGCAGAGAUGUAGUCAAAAAGUGUAAUGAUUUUGAAAAGAACCAGGAGUUGAAAGAUAUAUGCAGAGAUGUAGUCAAAAAGUGUAAUGAUGUGCCAUUAAAGAUAAUGGUGCUGGGAGACUUGAUGGCAGAGAAACACUCCAUCGAUGAGUGGAAGUUAUUACACAAAAAGUUUACUUCUGUAAAAGACACUUUAGAGUUGUCUUAUAAUCUUUUGCCCGGGAAUCUGAAGAGCUGUUUACUUUAUCUGGCAGUUUUUCCAAAAGACACAGAUACAGAAGCAGAGAAGUUGUACAAUCUGUGGAUAGCUGAAGGGUUGAUACCCACAGAUUGCAAUUCCACCAUGCUGUCCACCGCAGAAUCAUAUCUGAAAGAACUAGCGAAUGUAGGCUUGGUCCAGGUUCAAGAAGAGGAAACACCAAUGUUAACAAAGAUCAAAUCAUGGCGUCUUCAUGACUUGGUGCGAGAACUAUGCUGUCAAAAGGCAGAAGAGGAAAGGUUGUUCGCAGCUGUGGACCUUAGAGCUGCUGCGAAUAGUAAUCAAGACAAUAAGCUUACUGAUAAUGUGCGUGCACUUGCCUUUUAUUUUGACAAGCGUGUGGGUAGGUAUAAUUUUCCAAAUCCAAACAAAUCUAGGAAACUAAGAUCUUUCUUGUUUUUGAAUGCCCACCCGGUACCAGAUGAACAUUUAUUAUUGCCAAAAUCAUUAGUUUUGAAGAAUUGCAGAUUGCUAAGGGUGUUAGACUUCAAUUCACUUGACUUUCAUGUCAUGAAGUUGCCAAAAGACAUCCAGAAUCUCGCAACCCUGCGGUAUCUGAGUUUCAGAGGCUGCAACCUGCAGGAGUUGCCGCCAUCCAUCGGCAGGUUGCCAAACUUGGAAAUUCUUGAUUUGCGGGUUAACCCCACGGUUGACAUGAGCAUAUCUAAUCUGUUGUAUAAGAUUACAAGAUUGAAGAGUCUUUAUUUCCCUCAAAAGUUUCAUGCAGUUGGUGAGAAAAAAUUGCAGUUGGAUGGCCUAAGUGAGCUUGAGAAUCUAAACAACUUUGCUUCAACCCAUUGUCGGUGUAAAGAUCUCACCGGACUUGAAAACCUCAAGUGUUUGGCGGCAACUAUUGAUGGAAACCUGGAUGACCUCGGGGAGACUAUCAAAUGUAUAAACAAACACAGAUUAAAAUCAUCAUCCAUUGUCCUCAAAAACUUUGAUUGUUACUCUCAGAAACGACUCUCGGCUCUAAGUAACCUACUGGGGUGUGAAUACUUGAACGCGUUACGCGUGGAGGGGCACAUAGGCAAGUUAUCAUACACUAUCCCUAUUUCCUCCAAGCUCACAGAGCUCUUCUUGCUGGGUUCUGAACUUACUGAAGAUCCGAUGCCAGUAUUGGGGAAAAUCCCCCAAUUACACAAACUUAUCAUAUGCAAUGGAGCCUAUCUUGGGGGCGGAAUGGAUUGUAAAGCAUUAAGUUUUCCCCGUCUCAGAUAUCUCAAACUCUCAAAUUUGCACGAGUUAAAGGAUUGGACUCUUGGAGAAGGAUCUAUGCGUAACCUUUCUACUCUCACCGUUGAAAGAUGCGGGAGCCUUAAAAAUCUCCCAGAGGGGCUCAGAUCGCUGGAUCAUCUCCGAGAAGUGAGUAUUGUAAACAUGCCCAAAAUGUCGCUCAAACGUGAAGGCAAGACAGUAGGUUACUUAGAAUUCUAUGGAAAAGAUUACGAUAAAAUCAAGCACGUUCUUAGUAUCAACAUUUUGUAA